AUGAAUAGUGGUGGUGAUGUGCGUGAGGUCGAAACUGAUAGCUGGCUUUCAGUGGUGGAGAUGGUUCAGUUUAUCGUACACGACAGCAGGGUGUAUAUGUAUACGAAACGGCGGCUCGAACACAUACCACCUUACCACCAACAGACCAACACAACUCCCUAUCAGAGACACAGCGAGAAAACUCGUCUUCUUGGAGAUGGUGUAGUGUUCGAACGAUGGGAAGUAGGUGGCGGUCGAGCCGUCGCACGCUACUCGUUACUGGCGCAAGUCGAAGCCGCCGAAUUACUUGCCGCAGCAGCCAGCGACAGCGAAGACGAAAUCAUCUGA